GAGCGUCCAAGCGCGGGAAACUGGGGACCUCCUCCUCCUCCUGAGGCAAGUGAAGAACAAAACAAGAACAAAAAUUGGAUAAUUUCGGCACGUAUAACAAUUUACAAGCACUUCAAACGGUGAGAUUUCAUCAUAACUUCUGUCUAAACCGAAUGACAGCCAGACCAGGGAUUACAGAGCUUAGCUUUCUUCGUCUAGACUGAAUAACAGUCUGGCCUAUGCCUGUAGAGUCCGGCUGCAGACCUCUUUUCCGCAUGAUCCUACAACACAAGCGACCUCAUAAUUUUGUCACAUUUUGGAUACGCUGGCGAGACCCAGGAGAACAUGGACUCUUAAGUAGAGACUGUAUACAGUGUGGAAAAGAGGUCUGCAGCCAGACUCUACUCACAGACUGUAUAUAGAAUGUUUCUAAACAGUCCAUGAGCCCACAGCAUCUGAACUCAUCUCAUCCUGGGGAAAUUUACCUGUUUAACUGUGUUUGUGGACUAUGGAUACAGAAUGGUGGAAAUAUUUCCCCUGAAGUUGUGAGGAGGCGUUUCAGUCUAUGUUAACUUUCCCAUUGUGCCACUAGAUGGGGCACCAGGCUUGCUUUUAAUUAUUUUUCUAAAUACCACAUUAUACUUCUGUUUCAUUUCUGAAUUAGUUCAGUUCUUUCUUCAUAAUACUAAGUGUGCAGUAGGAAUCAUGCUAUUACUACUGUAUCAUUAAGCAGUAUAUAUCAUGUUGAUAUUUCUAGCCUAAAAGUUGAUAUGGUGACAUCAGAGUCAUCAUUCACAAGUAUAAUUACAACAGCAUGGAGUAUUACUAUUCUUCAGACUCUACACAGUAAAAGCAUGAGUGAAGGGGAGCCCAAGAGGGACAACUGGAGAGGACGAGGUAACGGCUGGAGAGGUGGGGGCAACGGCUGGAGAGGUGGGGGCAACGGCUGGAGAGGUGGGGCAGCGGCUGGGAGGUGGGGCAGCGGCUGGAGAGGUGGGGGGAACAGCUGGAGAGGGUCAACAGAUCCUAAAUGGCCUUCAUCCUCAAGCAGUGGAAGAGCUGUUUGGACCCAGACCACAUUAGACAUUAGGUGCCCAUACAAAGGAUGGGCCUUGUACUUCACUGAAGGUUUCACAGAGAGCUCACCCAACGUAGGGAGAAUCAAAGUGUUUGAGAAGUACUUCACCUCGAAGAUUCACCUGUUUGAUAAGGAUGAGAUCGAACGUCAGGGCAGCAUACUUGUGGACUAUAUGGAACUUAUCAGUGACCAGAUGGUUACCAAAGAACUUCCAGUUUUAACCAAAGAACUGAAGGAACAACCAGAGAUGAUCCUCAGCUGUCUGGGAGUUGCCAUUCACCAGGUGUUGACCACAGACUUGGAGCGUCAGGCGGCCGAGCUCCAGGGAGAAGAGCUGCCUGUCGCCACACCGCUCAUCAACAUCCCUCACAUCAGUGCCAGGCUGUAUAACUAUGAGCCGCUGACCCCGCUGAGGCUGCUGAGGGCCAGUGUGUUUGGUCGUCUUGUGGGUGUGCGGGGGACUGUGGUCAGAGUCAGUAACAUUCGGCCGCUCUGUGCACGCCUGGCCUUUCGCUGCCUGGGCUGCUCUCACACCCAGGCCGUGACCCUCCAGCAUGGUCAUUACAGCAUACCCACAAAGUGUGCACUCCCAGACUGCCGCAGCCGGACAUUGGUCCCAUGCCGGAGUUCCCCUCUCACUCAGACUGUGGACUGGCAGAUUAUCAAAGUUCAGGAGUUGAUGGGUGGAGAGCAGCGGGAGGCAGGCCGUAUUCCCCGUACAGUGGAGUGUCAUCUGACCUCUGACCUCUGUGACAGCUGCGUCCCUGGAGACACAGUCACAGUGACGGGUAUUGUGCGAGUGACCAAAGAAGGAUUUCACAGAGGAAACAAAGACCAGUGCAUGUUCCUGCUCUACAUUGAGGCCACCUCUGUCAGUAACACUAAAGGACUUCAGUCAAAAGUAGGAUGUCAGGGGUCAGCAGAGGCUCACUCAGCAGAGGAGUUCAGUUUGAAGGAGCUCUAUGCCAUUCAGGAGAUCCAGUCACAACCAGACCUGCUCAGACUAAUGGUCCACUCCCUGUGUCCAGUCAUUUAUGGCCAUUUGCUUGUGAAAGCUGCACUUGUACUGGCUCUGUUUGGAGGCAGACAGAAAAACACAAAUAAAAACAGUGUCCCAGUCCGAGGAGACCCUCACUUGCUGAUGGUAGGCGACCCAGGCCUUGGCAAGAGUCAGAUGUUACAGGCAGUGUGUAAUGUGGCACCAAGGGGCAUUUACGUCUGUGGCAACAGCACCAGCAGUACAGGUCUGACGGUCACAUUAUCUCGGGAUGCUGCUACAGGAGACUAUGCUCUGGAAGCUGGAGCUCUGGUGCUGGCAGAUCAAGGCAUCUGUUGCAUUGACGAGUUUGAUAAGUUGGGGAACCAGCAGCAGGCUUUGUUGGAGGCCAUGGAGCAACAGUCAGUGAGUCUAGCCAAAGCUGGAAUUGUGUCCUCUUUACCAGCUCGUACCUCUGUGGUAGCUGCUGCAAAUCCUAUCGGAGGUCAUUACAACCGUGGAAAAACAGUUUCAGAAAAUCUCAAAAUGGGUUCGGCACUGCUCUCACGUUUUGAUGUGGUCUUUCUUCUGCUGGACAUCCCAGAUGAGUCACAUGAUCGGCGCGUGUCUGAGCAUGUGAUGGCCAACAGGGCAGGAAAGGGGAGAAUGAGCAGUGCAGUUGUCAGUAGAGACAACAGCCAACUGGAAAGCUCAAUUCUGCUCCAGCACUCAGAUCUUCCGCUGUCUGAACGACUGCAGGUUUCAGUGGGGGAGACUGUGGACCCCAUUCCUGCCUGCCUGCUCCGGAAGUACAUAAGUUACGCCCGUCAGUAUGUGCAGCCAUCUCUGUCCUCAGAAGCAGCAGAGACCCUGCAGACCUUCUACCUUUCUCUGAGAGCUCAGGGCCAGUCUGCGGACGCCACCCCCAUCACCACCAGGCAGCUGGAGUCCCUCAUUCGGCUCACUGAGGCCAGGGCUAGACUGGAGCUGAGAGAAAUUGCUUCUAAGAGCGAUGCAGAGGAUGUGGUGGAGAUCAUGAAGCACAGUCUAGCUGACACCUACUCAGAUGGUCUGGGCAAUCUGGACUUUGAGCGCUCACAGCUAGGCUCAGGCAUGAGUCAGCGCAGCGUCGCUAAGAGACUAGUCCAUGCUCUGCACAUGCAUGCACAGAAAACCAACCAACGAGAGUUUGACUUGCAGACCAUCCGCACUGUAGCAGACAAGCUUAACAUCAAGGUCAUGGACUUUGAAGGGCUGUUAAGUUCCCUCAAUGAGCAGGGCUUUCUGCUGAAAAAGGGGGCUAAAAUUUAUCAACUGCAAACUGUGUAGUAACCAACAAGACAUCAGAAUCACUUGAUGUCUGCAGUGUACGGCUACCAGAUCCAUAUAAAAGUAAAAUGCUCAGUCUUGUCUCUCGGUUUUGUCUGUAAACAGUAAUAUAAAUGGCAUCUUUUCUAUUUAAAACUAUUUAUUCCACUCCUGUGUUUGGUUCAAGGUAAAUGUUGUAUGUGUAAUGCAUAAAAAUGUAUUUUUACAAAUAAAAUAAACACAAUCAUACAAUGUA